GAUCCUCUCUUUAUCUGGACGAGUGCAAUUGUGGCCGAGUGAGAGAUUGUAUGACUGCCUGUUCACCAACGACAACACUGCACAUAUCAUCAGUCACGGACCUUAUCGAUGGGGAAUUACAAAUCAAGACCAUCACAGACGUGUACAGAUGAAUGGAAGAAGAAGGUGAGUGAGUCGUAUUCAGUGAUCCUGGAGAAGCUGGAAGAUGACCUCCAGCUUAAAGACAGUGAACUUGUGGACCUCAAACUAGCAUUCAGCUCCGAUGAGGCGUUUCAGAAAGUGAACUUGAACUACCGAACGGAGAAGGGCCUGUCCUUGCUGCAUCUCUGCUGCGUAUGCGAAGGUAACAAGGGACACAUCAGUUCUUUAAUGCUCAAAGGUCUACGCCCUUCCAGACUGACCAAAAAUGGAUUCACUGCACUCCACUUGGCCGCGUACAAGGACAAUGGCGAGCUGGUUACGGCACUUCUCCAUGGGGGUUCAGAUGUGCAGCAGCUGGGCUACGGCGCCCUCACUGCACUGCACGUGGCCACGUUAGCUGGACACAUGGAGGCGGCGGAUAUUCUCCUCCAACAUGGGGCUAAUGUCAACGUCCAGGACGCUGUGUUUUUCACCCCGCUGCAUAUCGCCUCCUAUAACGGCAACGAGCAGCUUGCCAAACUGUUGCUCAAGUUCGGGGCGGACGUAAACGCUAGUGGCGAGGUGGGGGACCGGCCGUUGCAUCUGGCCGCAGCCAAGGGUUUACUUGAUAUCAUCACGCUGCUGGUGGGGGAGGGAGCCAAAGCUAACGUGAACGCUCAGGACAAUGAGGACCACGUCCCCCUCCAUUUUUGUGCCCGCUUUGGCCACCAUGAGGUCGUACGCUUCCUCCUUCAGGGCAACAUUGACGCGCAACCUCACGCUACCAACAUCUACGGGGAUACACCGUUACACUUGGCCUGCUACAAUGGCAAAUACGGCGCCGUGAAGGAGAUUAUCCAGCUCUCUGGUGCAGAGAGUCUUACAAAGGAGAACAUUUUCAGCGAGACAGCACUUCACAGUGCAUGCACCUAUGGUAAAGACCUGGAGAUGGUCAAGUUCUUGUUGAGCCAGAAUACCAUGAGCAUCAACCACCAGGGCAGAGAUGGACACACAGCCCUGCACAGCGCCUGUUUCCACGGCCACAUCCGCCUGGUGCAGUUCCUGCUGGACAACGGGGCAGACAUGAACCUGGUGGCCUGCGACCCCAGCAGGUCCAGCGGGGACAAGGAUGAGCAAACCUGCCUGAUGUGGGCUUAUGAGAAAGGUCAUGAUGCUAUUGUCACUUUACUGAAACACUACAAGCGCCCCGAUGAUUCUCCCUGCAAUGAGUACUCGCAACCAGGAGGGGAUGGCUCCUACGUUUCUGUCCCGUCCCCUUUGGGAAAGAUAAAGAGCAUGACGAAAGAAAAAGCUGAAGUCCUUCUCCUCAGGGCCAGCCUCCCCUCUCACUUCCAUCUUCAGCUUUCUGAAUUGGAAUUUAAUGAAAUAAUUGGAUCAGGCUCCUUCGGCAAGGUUUACAAAGGAAAGUGCCGAAAUAAAGUUGUUGCAAUCAAACGCUACAGAGCCAACACAUACUGCUCCAAGUCAGAUGUGGACAUGUUCUGCCGAGAGGUGUCCAUCCUGUGUCGCCUCAACCACCCCUGCAUCAUCCAGUUUGUGGGCGCGUGCCUCGAUGACCCCAGCCAGUUCGCCAUUGUCACCCAGUACAUCUCGGGGGGUUCGCUCUUCUCUCUGCUGCACGAACAGAAGAGGCUUAUUGAUCUGCAGUCCAAGCUCAUCAUCGCCAUCGAUGUAGCCAAGGGAAUGGAAUACCUGCACAACCUCACCCAGCCUAUCAUUCACAGAGACCUCAACAGUCACAAUAUUCUUCUCUACGAGGAUGGUCAUGCUGUGGUGGCUGAUUUUGGAGAGUCCAGAUUUCUACAGUCUGUUGACGAGGACAACAUGACCAAGCAGCCGGGGAACUUGCGAUGGAUGGCUCCUGAAGUCUUUACCCAGUGUACUCGCUACUCAGUGAAAGCUGACAUGUUCAGCUAUGCCCUCUGUUUGUGGGAGUUGCUCACCGGAGAAAUUCCCUUUGCACACUUGAAACCUGCUGCUGCAGCAGCGGACAUGGCCUACCAUCACAUUAGGCCACCUGUUGGCUAUUCCAUCCCCAAACCCAUCUCUGCACUUCUGAUGAGAGGAUGGAACGCAUGUCCAGAGGACCGUCCAGAGUUCUCUGAAGUGGUCACCAACCUGGAGGAGUGCUUAUGCAAUGUUGAGCUAAUGUCACCUGCCUCAAGCAACAGCAGUGGUUCCUUGUCACCUUCCUCCUCAUCGGACUGUCUGCUUGCCCGCGCCGGGCCCAGCCGGGGUCACGUGGCCGCCCUGCGGUCCAGGUUCGAGCUGGAGUACGCUCUCAACACUCGAGCCUAUGCCUUCUGGAGCCAGAGUGAGCGAAGGCGAGCAUCUGGUGGUCUCUCACUGGAGGAAAUAAGAAGGAGCAUGCAGUUUUCUCCCAUUGAUCGCAAUGGUUACGUGUCGGAUCCAAUGAGCACCAUGCGUUUCUGCUCAUCAUUCAGCAGCAACGGCAGCUUUGAAGACAGUAACUAACCCCCUUUAUAAAGCAUUCAUUUGUUUUGUUUUUUUUACUUCUUUUAUUUACGAUUCAGGCUGUAAAUACUGUGUAAUGUGUAGGGUAGCAGCACUGACUAAAACUAUUAGCUCAUUUUUAAAUCACGUUUCACUAUGUUACUAAAACUAUUAGCUCAUUUUUAAUUCGCCUUUCACUAUGUUACUCUUACAACAAUAAACAUGUCUACAUUUGAUUUUGUGUGUAGGCUUUGCAAGCAUUGGAAAUAAUCCAAAUGUCAGUUGUCAGUUUUAAUUUAUUCAGUGAAACCCUGCAAA